AUGGCGCCAGUGGUGGGUACGGUGGAGGCUCGAGACAUAACAGGAGCUGGAGUCGACGCCGCAGCCGGAGUGGAGCAACAAGCUGCCGCGGCCGGGACCACUGCGACAUGGGCUGAAACGGCCGGAAGUUGGUUUGGGGGCUGGGGCGGGGAUGGCGGGGGCUAUGCUGAGGGAGGUGCUGGAAGUGGAUGCGGUGGGGGCGGAUGUGCCGAGGGGGGAUGUGUUCAAGGCGGAUGCGUUGAAGGCGGAUUCGCAACGGACCGGGGAUGUGUGGAUUCUGGCAUGGGCAGCAUGUGCUUCGAGCCAGACCCCACCACGGCCUCCGCCAGCGCACAUUGGCAAUAUGUGGGUGAGGGGCGAGGCUCCUUUCACCCGGUGACCAAGGUGCACUACGUCGGUGCUGGCCGAGGUGCGUACGAGAUGGGCGAGGAAUACUCCGGCUUUCGAUGCAGAACCUGCUGCAUCGCGCUCAUCGGCGUCCUGCUUUUCAUUGCCGUGUUCCUAAUCGUGCGACCCUUCGUGACCGACCAGGCACACGACAUGCCCGUCGUGGACGCUGCGCACAACUGCCAACUGGGGUUGGACCAGUGGCAGACCGAAUGGGACGACUUGAAGAAGGCCUACUGCUGUAACGAGGUGUACAUCGGUUGUGGAGCCCAUCAUGAAGAACCGUCCACGACGAAGCCAGCAGUCCACACCAUAACCCAAGUACACUAUGUGACUCGCAUCCACAGGGUUCCGCACAAAGUCUACGUCAAGGAGCCCUAUGCGGUACCGCAUGUUGUGGAGCACAAAGUUGUGCAACCGCGAAAGAGCCCGUAUGAUUGCGAUCGUGAUUUCGAUGAUUGGAGUCACAAGUGGUCGCCCCGUCAACAACGCUUCUGCUGCUACUUGCGCCGACGGGCCUGUGAAGUGAAAGUGGUGAACCACGACAAGUAUAUCACAGUGACCCACAUGAAGCUGGUGCCAGAGUAUGUCCACAUGAAGCCUUCCAAGGAUCACGAGGUCACUGUCCCCAAGUAUGUACCGUACCCUGUGCCCUCCGAGCCGAUCAAGGUCAAGGUUGCCGGCCCGCCUCGCUACCACUACCACGAGGUGAAGAGAUACAAAUAUAUUCAGGUGCCUACUCCGGGCAAGCCGCACGUCGUCGUGAAGGAGGUCCCUGUACCUGUGCCAGCACCCCCCAAAAUUGUUCACGAGCAGACAGUAGUGGUCGUACAUCACCAUCAUCGACACUAUGAUUGCGCAGCUGGUUUCUCGAAUUGGUACUUCGGGUGGUCGAAGGCCAAAAAGAGAUGGUGCUGCAACCAUCAGAGCAAAGGAUGCCCUGGGACCUGGCAUGGCCACAUGCACCUCCACACACAUGUACAUGUGAGCAGCCACGUGGGCCAUGCCAGCGGGCACCUUUAUGACUGCCAUGCCGGCUUCUCCAACUGGAUGCAGGGCUGGUCGGAUUCAAAGAAGGCCUGGUGUUGUCAGAGGCAUCAUCGUGGCUGCGUUCCUCAUCAUUGUGACGGGGAGGUUUCUGAUUGGACCCCGGGGAAGCGUGAGUGGUGCUGCGGCCACUUCCAGAAAGGCUGCCCCGAAACCACGCUGUCGCCAUUGAAGUGCGACGCCCCUUGCACCCACAAUGGCGAGACUGCCACCUGUGCGGAUCGCCUGCAAUGGGCCAAGGAUCAUCUUUUCCAAGGCAGGGGCAAUGCUUGUGCCUUGGCGUACAGCCAGGUGCAAGUGGACUGCGACGUGUGCCGUGCCUGCACCAUUGAAGAAGCAGGCUGCGUCGUUCAUGUGGCCACUUCGCCUGCCUUCGACUGCAAUGCGGCCCUGAACAAUUUUUUCCGGGCUUGGUCUCCCGCGAAAAAGCAGUGGUGUUGCACGCAGCAGGGCAAGGGCUGUGAAGGUACCAGCCCUCCUGCCGUCGACCCUGGCUUUGGCAUGGUUUGGAAGCGAGUGCAAGUGAAUGGCUACUGGACGUGGAUUGCCGUCCAUGGCAGUGGUGGCACCCAGAGCUUGCCCUACGACUGCAACGCCGGCCUUGCCAACUUCAAAUUCGGGUGGUCUCAGGGAAAGAAGGGCUGGUGCUGCGCGCAUAUGCACAAGGGCUGCGGUGGAGGUGCCGGAGGCGGUGGUGGUGGCGGCGGCACUUAUGUAACACACCACACAGUCACUUACGUCACCCAUGGCGCUGGUGGAGGUGGCGGGGGUGGGGGUGGGGGCGGCGGGGCUGGAGGUGGGGGCGGCCACCCACCCGGCGUGGCCGCUGCUGGCAUGAUGUGGCAUUGGAGUCACGCCGGAGGGUACUGGCAUUGGGUCCAGCAGCACAUGGUCGGUUCUCCAGACUUUGACUGCAACGCAGGCUAUGCCAAGUGGAAGCUCGGCUGGUCCAUGGCCAAGAAGCACUGGGAUGCCUAUGAGCUCCGAAUUAGCCGUACCUCAUAUGUCCAAGGAAAGGCUGAGGCUGUGAGAUCGGGUCGGCUGAUGCAUGGAAUGCAUGGAACAGGUCUUGCUGGCGUGUCCCCAGACGCCGGCAUGGACAAUGACUUUUCCCACUGCCACGCCUGA